CGGUUGCUAAGGACCCUGUAUCAUUUCAAUGUGAAAUACGAGGAUGGGGAAAAUAAUUGAUAUAUAUAUUGCGCGUGCAAUUGAUAUAUAUACCGGUGCGGUGCUCGUACUUGGCUUCUUAUAAAGGGCACGGCACGUAUCGUUUCGAUAUGGUUUACCACCUCCCUAAGUCUAAAAGGAAUACGUUUUCGCUUCUGGUGUGAGACAUGACAUACCAUCUCAUGCACGUGUUUUAACUGAUAGCUCACUGAUACGGUACCGGUGUUCGUGAAGUGUAUCAUCUCUUAUGAUUAUCAUUUUUUGUUAUUGGAAUGGAAUCAUCGUGCUUGUUUUGAAGACUGAGUUCAUGAUAUUUAAAGAUUGAUGGAGUUGGAAAAGACGGACGUUCAGAUUACCCUUCCAUCAUGAUUUCCAUCGUCCAAACUUUACGAGUUGCCACUUGUCAUGGAAUCUGCAGCAAGACUUCAACACUAGGACGGAAUGGCCAUAGAUGACGAACUGCGACCUACCUCAUCACAUAUCAUGGCUGAUAAACCUCUUAACGCGAAGGAACGCGACCUCGUGCGCGCCGUCGGGAACGAAGACGUCGAUGCCGUUCGUAAACUCAUCGAAGAAGAUGGCGUCAAUGUCAACAUCCAGGACUCCUUGCAACGGACGCCGAUCAUCCGGACGUGUUUCGGAAGCGACAAGUCGAGCCGAGAGGCGAUCGGCAAGCUCCUCCUCGAAAACGGUGCCGAUGUUAAUUUGGCGGACCGUCACGGUAGGACGGCGUUGAUGACGGCCUGCAUGGAAGAUGAGAAAGAAGACAUGGUUGAGCUUGUUCUCUCGGCUAAGAAGGUUGAUGCUAACCGUAUGGAUGAAAACGGCAACACCGCCCUUAUGCAUGCCGUCAUGAUCGAAAACGUCGAAGCUGUUCGGGUGUUCUUCACUCCGGAAAACAAGCAGAAGGUGAACACUGAUAUGAAGAACUUUGAGGAGAAGACUCCACUCUUGGUGGCUGCGAAGCAGCAGAGUACCGAAAUUUGUGAGAUACUUGUUCGAGAGGGUAAUGCCCGUCACGACACUAUACCAAGCUUCUUCAAGAAACAUCUACCAGAAGAGUGCCAGGACGAAGACGCGAAGAAGCCUGAAGAUAAGUGGGGUGAAAUGUUCAAGGGUUACCGCGACAAUUCAUUGGAACCAAACAUCAUGCAGAGAUCUUCAAUGAAAUGGAAGGGAAAACCAAAAAAGAAGCCAAAGGGUCCGAAAAAGAAAGAUGAAAAGCCAGUUAAAGAAGAGGCAGAGGAACAACCUGCUGAAGAGAAAACUGAUCAGUCACCCCGUGAGGAUGACAAAGCUGAGAGUAAAGAUCAAACAGAAAGCAAAAAAGAAUCCCCUCAGAAACCUGAUCCCCCAGACGAGCAGCCGAAAAAGGAAAGUCCCGCGGACAAUCAGCUCUUCUUGAAGAUGGAUCCUGAGCGAAAGGAACGUAGUAAUUCAAGGCGAGGGUCUGGCGGGGAGGAGAUUGCAGAGGAAGCAAAGAAAGAACAAAAAGCCAUUGCAUCAACCGUGGCAGUCAGAACAGCGACAUCGGCUAAAACUGCACGUCGAACAGCCAAGGAGUCACCUUCUCCAGAGCGGAGAAAGAAUGAAGUUGAGUCAUCGACAAAGACAGAGUCCUCUUCUAAAGUUGAGGAAAAGUCAGUCAAGAAGGUAAGGAAGAAGUCAGAUGAGAAAAAUACUGAUGUAGAGGUAGUAGCAACAACUGAAAUUAUUAACUCCCAAGCCGAGACUAAGGAACAAAAGAAAGACAUUACUACCGUGAUCAAAGCGCAGAAAAAAUUCAAAAAGAAGAAAGAAGAGAAGAAAAAUGAUGCAGAGGAAACAAUAACAACAAAAUCAGAAGAAAAGAAAGCUGAUGUACAGGUAAUGUCAACAACUGAAAAUAUUGUCUCCCAAACUGAACAAAAGAAAGAUAUAGCCACUGUAAUCAAAGCAGAGAAAAAGUUUAAGAAAGGCAAAAAGGUGAAAGACGCCUCUGAGUCUCAGCGGUCCACUGAAGUGCACAAAACUGACUCUAAAACUGUCACCUCGACUGUUAAAGAAGAAGAGAAAGAAAAACUAUCUUCAACGAAAGUUGUUGAGAAGACUGAAAGAUACGAACGCCGAGAAAUAAUAGAGCCAACAUUACUUGCAUCUACAGUCACUGAGGUUCAUCAAGGUCAGCAUGUAGUGACAAACCAGAACGACCUUAAAACCGAAGAACGCAAGAUUAUCACAGAACAAAGAAAGGAAAUUGUACCGGAAUCUAGAAGUGUAACUGAGGAGGUCAUUAUCGAGAGUUCACCAAGACAUAAAGACUCACCGCGCAAGAUCGUAUCCCCGGAACGAAUAGCGGAAUCGCGCCAGUCUCAGAAAAAACAGGCCACGACCAAAUCUUCGGUUUCCCUACAGAGUAAUAAGUCUUCGACGAAAAGGAAGACGAGUCCUACGUCGUCCGUGGCGAACGUAUCACGGCCGGCUACGGUGAAGAGCACGGGAUCGACGCAGUCCUUCUCGAGCAGCGCAACCAGCGAAGGUGACAACGUAUCCAUAGCAACCACGGAAUCGUCCGUCAGGAGAGGGGUGUGGAUCCGCCCCCCUCCAGACAUGAUCAAACUCCAAGAGGAGGCCGAUGAAGCCUCUAAGAGAUCUGGCAAGAAAAAGAAAAAGAAAGUCAAGGUGAAGAAGGAAGACCGACCAGUUUAUGAGACCAAAUCGGGUCGGAUCAUCCGUCCAAACAUCUGCACGGAUCCACAGUAUACGAAUAUCCAAGCGGCAAGGUUAAAGAUCGUCGAGGAGGAGCCUAAAUUGGAAAAAGAAGCCGAUGGGGGCAAGCUCGCGGGUCCAUCUUUCGAACAGGUACCCAGGCAAUCCAAACGUAAGGCUAAAUCGAAUUCAGGAACGCCAAACAAGAGUUAAUUAUCAAAGAGGCGCACUGAUAUGCAUGUUAAAAGUUGUAAGAUAUCUCUUAACAAUCAACUAAGGGAAAAGACUACAGUGCCUCCAGUCGUUUAAUUUUCUUAAAGCUCCUGAAUGAUUGAUUUCCAAUCUUUCAAUCACAUUUAUUUAAUUCAUGAAUUUUAUUAAAUACAUUAUAAAGUUUACUUUUUACACAGAGAGUUUUAAAUUAAUGAUAUUGGAGUAUACUAAUACCUUGUACAUCACAUUUAUAUCUAUAUUAUUUGCAUAUUUUGAUAGAAGGGAGCACAAUUCACAAGAACUUAAUAUAUUCG